AUGGAUGGAGGCAGCGGUAGUGCGAAAAAGCAUCAGUGGAUUAAUCAGGUGGUUUUUUUCUUCCACCCUGUGCGGGCAUGGGAACAGGGUGUUGUUGUUGGCAUUGAUGAGGAUGAGUCGAGUGGGCCACUGGUGACCGUGCGAUGCAAAUCUGGAGAGAUGUUUGAAACCCGUACAGAUGCAGAAUCUUUUUUUCUCCCCACUACUACUACUAAGAGUAUUGAAAACAUUCCGGAUGAUCUUCUUGAAUUACCUGAGCUUCAUGAUGCGCUUCUUCUUCACGUGUUAAAGUCUCGACACGCCAAAGAUCUUACAUAUAUGCAUAUCGGAGAAAUAAUACUUUCUGUUAACCCAUACAAGGCUAUUCAAUCUUAUAUGGACAAGUGUAUGGGUCUUUAUCUCGAACACUUGGAUAAACCACAAAUUCCUUCUAGUCUCCCUCCCCAUGUUUGGAGUGUGGCACAUCGGGCCUAUGUUGAAAUGCGUCUCCAUCAAAGAAAUUAUUCAAUAAUUGCAUCAGGAGAAAGUGGUAGUGGAAAAACGGAGGCAUGUAAAAAUAUGUUAAGAUAUUUAUGUGCUGUCUCUGAACGUGUGGCACCAGAUACAGUGGUGAAGCGACGGAUGCAAUGUAUUACUGAACAAGUGGAAAUGAGCAAUGUUGUUUUGGAGUCUUUUGGAAAUGCAAAAACUCUAAAAAAUGAUAAUAGCUCGCGUUUUGGAAAAUUUAUGGAGGUCCAGUUUGAUGCUAGUGGAGUUAUGGUAGGAUUGCGUGUUACACCAUUCCUUUUAGAACGUUCUCGUGCAGUUACGUGUGGAACUAAUGAACGUGUUUAUCAUGUAUUCUAUCAACUAGUCGCCGGUGCCAAUCCAGAGUUGCGUGCUGCUCUUAAAAUAGAAAAUGCUCGUGAUUUUGUAUUACUGGGUAAGGGAGGUUAUAUUUCUUCUUCAAAUGGAGGAUCAGAUGAUGCAAAGGAGUUUCUCCUUUUACAAAAGGCUCUUGUCAGUAUUGGUUUUUCAAAUGAGGAACAAAAAGUAGUGUGGAAUAUAGUGGCAUCUAUAUUGCAUUUACAAAAUAUUUCAUUUGAAUUAAGAGGAAUUGAUGAAUCGGCUUAUUUACGUUAUGAAGAUGUUGAGAUUGCAACCUUUGUUGCAACUCACUUACUUGAGCUUCCACAACCCAAGAUGUUUGUAGAUUGCCUCACAACGAGUAUUGUUGUUGUUGGAGGAGAGAAAUUAAUACGUACAUUAUCAGUUCAAAAAGCAAAAGAUCAACGUGAUAGUAUCUGCAAAUAUCUAUACUCAAAACUCUUCCUUUUUAUUGUUUGUAAGGUAAAUGCAGUUUCUACCUAUGGUGCUACGUUUGGCACCACUGAUGUUUCUUUUACUUCUACUGAGUAUGAAACACCAAUGAAAGAUAGCAAACCAGUAACCUGGAUAGCACUUCUUGAUAUAUUUGGUUUCGAAGAUUUUCAGAUGAACUCACUAGAGCAAUUUUGUAUUAACCUUGCAAAUGAAGCUUUACAACGACAGUACACGGAGAGAGUAUUUCUCAUGGAUAUUGAAGAGAUGCGUGCAGAAGGAGUUGAACCUAAUAAAACAGAUUUUAUAGAUAAUUAUCUUUGUUUAGAAUUAUUACAGGGUUCUAAAAAUUCUAUCGUUUCAUUCUUAGAUGAUGCUUCAGUGCUUGAAGUGGAGCGUUCAAGGACGAACCCUGACUAUGUAUUUCUUAAUACAAUAACUUCAGCAUUUCGACCAGAUUACCAAACAUCACCUGGGAAAUCAACUCGUAGUGUACUGAACCGCAAGGAAAAGAUAGAGGCUCCUUCUUCUUACUUCUAUAGAGGUAGACUGGACGAUAAUAGCUUUACUAUUCGCCAUUUUGCAGGUGAUGUAAAGUACUGUGUAAACGGAUUUGUAGAAAAAAAUAAUGAUUUCGUGAAGGACUCUUCUGCACAAACUUUACAAGGUACAAAUUCAGCUGUAUUACGAGAUAUUAUGAGAAUAAGUGAAGAAGUAGUUGGUUUGAUAGGUGACCCAGGUUCUCCUGGAUCUCCUACAAUUAUUUCUCGUGGAUCCAAACGUACCGUCGCUUCUACUUUUCGAAAUUCACUCCGUUUAUUAAUGGAAACGUUAAACAGCAGCACAUGUAAUUGGGUGCGUUGUAUUCGUCCCCAUUCAAGACGACAACCGGGGCUUUUUGAUGGUAAAUUAGUUCUUGAGCAACUAGUUGCCACUGGAGUGUUGAGUACUAUAAAACAACGACAAGAUAAUUUCCCAGUUCGCCCUACAUGUAACGAAUUUAUGCAUCAUUAUCAUGUUCUUUUUCAAUUAAAUCCAUCUAUACGAGUACGUAUGACGAAUAAAGAAAAGAUUAUCGCACUACUCUUAAGAGAAAAAAUUAACACAAAAUCUUUCCAAGUAGGGAAUUCUCGCGUUUUUCUUACGCCUGAAGCAAGUCGAGAACUAGAGUCAAAACGACAACAGUGUAUGGUGUUGCAUGCAAGAGUUAUUGAACAGUAUGUGACUGCAUUUAUUUCUCGUUUAUACAGGCGUAUCUUACUUCUUACUCGGUAUGCUAUUAAAAUGCAGCGUGUAUUCCGAACUAAUAUGUGUAUCAGACGUUGCAUUAAUCAAUAUUAUGAUGAACUGCGUCGCAAAAGGUAUGAACGUUUUUUAGCAGAAUUAAAAAAAAUACUACGUGUGGAAUCUUUUUCCCGAGCUGAGUUAUAUGAGGAACGAGAUUUGUAUAUUCGAAAUGAAUGGCGUGAUUUUCGAAUCGGAUUAGCCCCUUUGGUGGCUGGAGUGCUUCAAAAUUUAAUAUCUAUAGAAAGGAAAAAACGAGAAGAGAUUGUUUUAUCUUCAUUUUCAUAUUAUAGUGAGUUUACUGAAACCUUUGACCGGGAGAAGGUUCUUGCAUUAGAACUAGAGAAACAACGAAUACGUUUAAAACAGGAAAUGGAUGUCAGGGAACGCGUGAAAUUGUUACAAGAUGCCAUUGAUGCUUUUCAGGUAGUUAUUAGUGAAGAGAAAAUUGCGUUUGAGACUCUGUGGAGUGAGGUCAUUAACCCAGGUAUAAGGAAACUAAAAGCACAAGCACGUGUCAUAUGCAAAUUAAAUCAUUUAAAGGAAAAACGUUUGCAGGAGUUGUAUGAGGCUAGAGAAUCAGAAAAGCGACGCAUUGCAUUGGUAGAAGCCGAAGAACUACACCGUGAAGAAAAGAGAUGGCGAUCUCUUGUGGGUGAAGAGCAGUAUUUGAAGGAAAUUCGGUAUUUUAACUCUUUCUAUGAAAAUUCCUAUGAUACCCCACCACCGUUACUUGCACUACUCAGGGAGGGUGUCCCUUCUGAAGUUAUGCAAACCCCAAUCGGUACAAAUCCCUUGGCUCCAUCUUCUUUGGGAUCUGUGAUGUCAUUUCGAGACUACAGGGAAUAUAUGAGAAAUGAGUUUUCUCGUGCUAGUGCUAGUGGAAAAGUACAUACGUCUUACAUAUGCCCACAUAAUUAUGAAACACCCUGUCAACUUUGCAAUUUUUCCACUCUUUCAUUGUACUCUGGCACUACAGUGAGACCUUCCAAACCUUCUUUGGAGCCCACAGUUUGUCGUCGACUUUAUGAAGAAAACACCGACAGUGACGAUAGCUUUGAUGAAAUGAAUUACUGA